AUGGCUUGUUUGGAGAUGUGUAAGGAGAGUAGCUUCAAAAAGGAUCUAGAAGAAUGCACUCUUGAUGGAACUGUUGAUUGGCAUGGUCAUCCUGCAAUUAAAAACAAAUCUGGGAAGUGGAUUGCAGGAAUUAUCAUCCUUUUGAACCAAGGUCUAGCAACCCUUGCAUUCUUUGGCGUAGGGGUGAACAUGGUGUUGUUCCUAACAAGGGUUUUGCAACAGAACAAUGCUGAUGCUGCUAAUAACGUUAGCAAAUGGACUGGAACUGUCUACAUCUUCUCCCUUGUUGGUGCAUUCCUCAGUGAUUCUUAUUGGGGAAGAUACAAAACGUGUGCCAUUUUUCAAGUCAUUUUUGUUGUGGGUCUUCUGUUAUUGUCACUGUCAUCGUACCUUUUCCUGAUCAGACCAAAAGGAUGUGGUGAUGAUCUGACUCCGUGCGGAUCCCAUUCAAGCAAGGAAGUUGGAUUUUUUUACCUCUCUACUUAUCUCAUCGCUCUUGGAAAUGGAGGAUAUCAGCCUAUUAUUGCUACAUUCGGGGCUGAUCAAUUUGAUGAAGAGGAUCCUAAGGAAGGACACUCAAAAGUGGCAUUUUUCAGCUACUUCUACUUGGCUUUGAACCUGGGCUCCCUCUUCUCCAACACCAUAUUGGGAUAUUUUGAAGAUGAGGGGAUGUGGGCGCUAGGCUUCUGGGUUUCAACAGGUUCUGCCUUGGCAGCAUUGAUAUUGUUUCUUGGAGGAACAGCCAGAUAUAGGCACUUCAAACCUACUGGUAACCGUCUUGCCAGGUUCUGCCAAGUCUUGGUUGCAGCAGCAAAGAAGUGCAAAGUCAAAAUGCCAGAAGAAGCAGAGGAUUUGUAUGAUGUAGACGGAAAAGAGCACUCUGUAAAUGGAAAUAGAAAGAUACUCCACACUCACGGAUUCAAGUUCUUGGAUAGAGCAGCUUUCAUCUCAUCAAGAGAUAUGGAUGACGAGAGGCAGGGUAGUCCCAACCCAUGGCGUCUCUGCCCAAUGACACAAGUAGAAGAAGUUAAAUGCAUACUGAGACUACUCCCAAUUUGGCUCUGCACCAUAAUCUACUCGGUGGUUUUUACACAGAUGGCCUCUCUAUUUGUAGAACAAGGUGCUGCAAUGGAUAUUACCAUCUCAAACUUCAGAAUCCCUCCUGCUAGCAUGUCUAGCUUUGACAUUCUCAGUGUAGCAUUUUUCAUUUUCCUUUAUCGGCGAGUUCUUGAUCCCCUUGUGGGCAUGAUUAGAAACUCAAAGCCCAAAGGAUUGACCGAGCUUCAAAGAAUGGGUAUUGGCCUCGUCAUAGCAAUAAUGGCAAUGGUUUCUGCUGGGAUUGUGGAGUGCUAUAGACUGAAGUAUGCGAGAAGAGACUGCAUACAUUGUGAAGGCUCGAGCACCUUGAGCAUCUUCUGGCAAGUUCCUCAGUAUGCACUUAUUGGAGCGUCAGAGGUUUUCAUGUACAUAGGUCAAUUGGAGUUCUUUAAUGCCCAAACACCAGAUGGACUAAAGAGUUUUGGAAGUGCACUCUGCAUGACAUCUAUAUCACUAGGAAACUAUGUGAGCAGCUUGCUAGUGACCAUGGUAAUGAAGAUUUCGACCGAGGAUCACAUGGCUGGAUGGAUCCCAGGGAAUCUGAACAAGGGUCAUGUAGACAGGUUCUACUUCCUCCUAGCUGCUUUUACAACUAUAGACUUAGUUGUGUAUACGGCGUGUGCUAGGUGGUACAAGUGUAUUAAGAUGGAAGGAAAAUUCGAGGAGAUCGAUGAAAAAGAGAAGGAUAACUUCAAAGUUUGAUGUUUAAUAAACAUCAACCAGAAAUUAACGCCUAGAUUACCACCAUAUAUAAAUAAGAGCAAAGUAUGGGGUUGCAAUAAGCUUUUUGGCAGUGAGCUUCUAUUUGGAAGGGGGGAAGGGGGGAACAAUUGGCUACUAUGGGAUUGCAGUAAACCUAUUUGCUUACUCUUUAACAGCUAAUUCUCCUGUUGAUUCUGCUUUUACAGUUUAAAGAGAGGCGAAUUAACUUAUGCUUUAAAGUCACCUCACUCAUGUGUUGGUUAUUACAAGCCAUAGAAUUGAGGCCUGUAUCUGUUAGUAAUUUUAUGUAAAGUUCUCUCUCUGUAGAAUGCUAAAAAUUCCUGUUUAUGAUCGCUGCUCUUCGGAUAAUAAUAGUAAAAGU